AUGUUUACUGUUGUGUUAAUUGGCUCAAUAGUUGGAUUCUCUGGUGCAGCAUUGGGUAGUGUGGGAGGUGUUGGGGGUGGAGGCAAUGCUUGCCUUGAUCAUUGGUUUGAUCCCAAGUCUUCCACUGCCAUUUCUAAGUACAGAACUGAAGUACUGUAUGCCAUCCUAUUGGUCAUGCAGCCAAUGCUCAUGCUGGGCAUCAGCAUAGGGUUGCCUUCAACGUCAUGUUCGCCAACUGGAUGGUCACAGUUCUACUUAUCAUUCUCUUCUGAGUUACAGCAGCAAAAGCUUUAA